GAUGAUAUAAUUCCAACCAAAGUUAUUUGCUUAGUCUAACUAAUUUUCACAAUAAUGUACAAUGUAUAUGGCUCCGUAAGUCAGUUACUCUUUGGAAAACCGUUUGGAUUGAGAAAAUUGGCUAUCCCUUUUGGGGUUCAGACAGGCCGGCGAUGCUGCAGCUUCGUGGGAUUCCAGCUGAACUACGGCAAGAUAAUGACAGCACUUAAUAUAGGCCUCUUUAUUGCUGGUGGAAUAAUUGCUGGUAUUGUUCUGGGAGGUUGGUGGUUAUUAUGGUAUCAGAGGAGAAGGAGAAUUGCUGCUCAAUCUCAAAGCAAAGACUUGCCUGCAACUUCUCUAUCAGGCAAAGGCCUGGGCCCUACUACUCCCUCCACUACUCAUUCUGAAAGCAUCCCUUCUUAUCCCUCAGCAAUUUCUAAAGAACUUGGAGAGGGGGGUUUUGGCACUGUUUACCAUGGUGUGCUCAGUGAUGGGCGUGUUGUGGCAGUAAAGCGCCUGUUUGAGAAAAAUCUCAAACGUGUUGAACAGUUCAUAAAUGAAAUUAAGAUCCUAGCUGACAUACGACAUCCAAAUCUUGUGACGCUAUAUGGAUGCACCUCAAGGCACAGCAGAGAACUUCUCCUUGUGUAUGAAUACAUUCCUAAUGGAACUCUGGCUGAUCAUCUUCACGGAAGAAGGGCAAAGUCUGGCUUGCUUACUUGGCCUGUUCGGUUGCGCAUUGCCAUAGAGACUGCUAAUGCUUUAGCUUACCUUCAUGGUAAAGAAAUCAUACACCGUGAUGUCAAAACCAACAACAUUCUUCUAGACAACAGUUUCCAUGUGAAAGUGGCUGAUUUUGGUCUGUCUCGACUUUUCCCCAAUGAUGUUACUCAUGUGUCCACUGCUCCGCAAGGGACCCCUGGCUAUGUUGAUCCUGAGUAUUAUCAGUGCUACCAUCUUACAGACAAAAAUGAUGUAUACAGUUUUGGGGUGGUGUUGAUUGAGCUCAUUUCUGCAAAGCAAGCAGUAGACACAAAUAGGCACCACUUUGAUAUUAACUUGGCUAACAUGGCCAUCAGCAGAAUUCAGAAUCAGGCAUUACAUGAAUUGGUUGAUCCAUCUCUUGCCUUUGAAACUGAUUGUGCUGUCAGGAAAAUGGUUGCAACCGUUGCAGAACUGGCUUUUCAGUGUUUGCAGCAAGAGAGGGAUAUGAGGCCUUCCAUGGAAGAAGUUUUGGGGGUUUUGAAGGGAAUGCAGAAUAGAGAUUUGGGAGCUCAGUUUGCAGAGGUGGUGGAUAUUGGAGCAGAUGAUGUUGGCCUUUUGAGACAUGUUCCCCCUCCAGUUUCACCAGACUCAGUUGAAACUAAAAAAUGGGUUAGUAGCUCUACAAUGGGUUAGUAGCUCUACCACGCCAAAUUCCUUUUAGUUUUAGCAAAUGAGAUUUCGUUUCACUUUUCCCCUCAAAUUCUCAGUAGGUAAAAGUAUUCUAUGAUCUUGAUCCAUUGUGGAGGAGGCUCUAAAUUUACAUUACCUUCACUUUCAGGCCUUUUCUCCUUUUCCCUUGUUUGUUUAAAAAUAAUGUAAGAUGAUACCAGUUUGUGUGAAGUCAAGGAAUUAUAAGUUUAUAAGGCAUGAGUAGAGCUUCAUUAAGGGUAUAAAAUCUGUAUGUUUAGGAUGCAUUUAUUCAUGACCAUUUUUGGUUUAAUAAUAUAUAUACAGUUAUGAAUUGUAGAUGCUGUGGUAAGUUCCUGGUAUUUCUAAUGCUGUUUUAAUGCUUGUUUCUCUACCAGGAGCAGAUAAGAACAAUGUAAUCCAACUUGCAUACAUGGAAGCAGAAUUUUAAUUUUGAAGAGUAUUUGCUGCUUAAAAUUCAAGUUUUAAGUUCUGCUUACCAGAAGGGAAUCAUUUGUUUAAAUUAAACAUUUUGCCAGACAAAAUGGUGGUAACACUUCGAUGAAUAGCUUGAACAAGUGACAACAGAUGCAGCAGCAUAGAGCUGUUUUGUAUGGGCAUAGCAUGUGUAGUCUGGAGUUACUAUGCAUUGUAAAGGCAGAUUAAAUUGUUGUAUCUUUUUCUCGCUGAUCUGAAAUUAAGCUUUAUAAUUUAC